AGAACAGCACAGCUUUCCAGAGUGCCACACCCAUGAACCUACACCUGGGAAGGACCUGGGAUCCCUGCCCCAGGAUCCAUGAGGAGAAGCCCCCAGAGGUGGGAUGGAAGAUCUGGAUGCAGCAACUGAAGCUCGACUGGGUAUAAUUGUGUUUCUUGUUCUCCCUACCCGAUCUCCGAGCCCAAGUCCUUGUUACUGCAGACCCUUAUUCCUGUCAGUUUAUGGCCUCCCAGGAACUGACUGUCCACCCUCUGGACUCAGGAUGAAACCCAGGUGAGCCCGGGUGUCCACUGCCCCACUCCCCCUGGCACAGGCCGUCCUGCCCUCCGGCCAGACACGCCAGGCUCUCAACCCCAGCCCAUGGACUUGCGAGUGGGCCAGCGGCCCACAGUGGAAGCCCCACCAGAGCCCACACUGCUGGCUCUACAGCACCCCCAGCGCCUGCACCGACAUCUCUUCCUAGCAAGCCUACCACAGCAACAGCGCUCAGCCGAGCCCAUGAGGCUCUCAAUGGACCCACCAAUGCCAGAGCUGCAGGGGGGACAGCAGGAGCAAGAGCUGCGGCAACUCCUCAAUAAAGACAAGAGCAAGCGGAGUGCCGUAGCCAGCAGUGUGGUGAAGCAGAAGCUGGCUGAGGUGAUCCUGAAGAAGCAGCAGGCAGCUCUGGAGAGAACAGUCCACCCUAGUAGCCCCAGCAUUCCCUACAGAACUCUUGAGCCCUUGGACACCGAGGGUGCCGCCCGCACCAUGCUCAGCAGCUUUCUGCCUCCUAUUCCAAGCCUGCCCACUGAACCCCCGGAACACUUUCCCCUGCGUAAGACAGUGUCUGAGCCCAACCUGAAGCUGCGCUACAAGCCCAAGAAGUCCCUGGAGCGGCGCAAGAACCCCCUGCUCCGAAAGGAGAGCGCCCCACCCAGCCUCCGUAGGCGGCCUGCAGAGACCCUCGGAGAUUCCUCCCCCAGCAGUAGCAGCACACCUGCGUCAGGGUGCAGCUCCCCUAAUGACAGCGAACAUGGCCCCAACCCUGCCCUGGGCUCCGAGGCGCUCUUGGGCCAGCGGCUGCGGCUGCAGGAAACUUCUCUGGCCCCGUUCGCCUUGCCGACAGUAUCCUUGCUGCCCGCAAUCACACUGGGGCUGCCCGCCCCUGCCAGGGCUGAUGGUGACCGUAGGACCCAUUCAACUUUGGGCCCUCGGGGUCCAGUUCUGGGGAGUCCCCAUGCUCCCCUCUUCAUGCACCAUGGUCUGGAGCCUGAGUCUGGGGGCACCUUGCCCUCACGUCUGCAACCCAUUCUCCUGCUGGAUCCCUCGGUCUCUCAUGCCCCCCUGUGGACUGUGCCCGGGCUUGGACCCUUGCCCUUCCACUUUGCCCAGCCCUUACUGACCACAGAGCGCCUCUCCGGGUCAGGCCUCCACCGGCCACUGAACCGGACCCGUUCAGAGCCCUUACCCCCCAGUGCCACUGCCUCCCCUCUGCUGGGCCCCCUGCAGCCCCGCCAGGACCGGCUCAAACCUCAUGUCCAAUUAAUCAAGCCAGCCUUCACUCAAUCCCAGAGGCCAGCCAAGCCGAGUGAAAAGCCCCGACUGCGACAGAUACCUUCAGCUGAGGACCUAGAGACAGAUGGUGGGGGAGCAGGGCCUGUGGUGAAUGAUAGCCUGGAACACAGGGAGUCAAGCCAUGGGCAGCCCGAAGUCCGUGGCCCUGUUUCUCUGCAGCAGCACCAGCAGGUGCUGCUCUGGGAACAGCAGCGUCUGGCUGGGCGGCUCCCCCAGGGAAGUGCCGGAGACUCUGUGCUGCCUCCUCUGGCCCAGGUCGGACACCGGCCCCUGUCCAGGACCCAGUCUUCCCCAGCAGCACCUGCCUCCCUGCUGACCCCAGAGCCCACCUGCCAGAAGCGAGUCCUCAGCAGCUCAGAGACCCCUGCCACAGGGCUGGUCUAUGACUCAGUGAUGCUGAAGCACCAAUGUUCCUGUGGAGACAACAGCAAGCACCCUGAGCACGCAGGCCGUAUCCAGAGCAUCUGGUCCCGACUGCAGGAACGGGGUCUCCGGAGCCAGUGUGAGUGUCUCCGGGGCCGAAAGGCCUCCCUAGAGGAGCUGCAGUCAGUCCACUCUGAAAGGCAUGUGCUUCUCUACGGUACCAACCCACUCAGCCGCCUCAAACUGGACAAUGGGAAGCUGACAGGACUCCUGGCACAGCGGAUGUUUGUGAUGCUCCCCUGUGGUGGGGUUGGGGUGGAUACUGACACCAUCUGGAACGAGCUACAUUCCUCCAACGCAGCCCGCUGGGCCGCAGGCAGUGUCACUGAUCUUGCCUUCAAAGUGGCUUCCCGUGAGCUAAAGAAUGGUUUUGCUGUGGUGCGGCCCCCAGGACAUCAUGCAGAUCAUUCUACAGCCAUGGGCUUCUGCUUCUUCAACUCAGUGGCCAUCGCCUGCCGACAGCUGCAACAACAAGGCCAGGCCAGCAAGAUCCUCAUUGUGGACUGGGAUGUUCACCAUGGCAAUGGCACCCAGCAAACCUUCUACCAGGACCCCAACGUACUGUACAUCUCUCUUCAUCGCCAUGAUGACGGCAACUUCUUCCCAGGCAGUGGGGCGGUGAAUGAGGUGGGCACUGGCAGUGGCGAAGGCUUCAAUGUCAAUGUGGCCUGGGCUGGGGGCUUGGACCCCCCAAUGGGGGAUCCUGAGUACCUGGCCGCCUUCAGAAUAGUGGUGAUGCCCAUCGCCCAAGAAUUCUCUCCAGACCUGGUCCUGGUGUCUGCUGGGUUUGAUGCUGCUGAAGGUCAUCCAGCCCCGUUGGGUGGCUACCAUGUUUCUGCCAAAUGUUUUGGGUACAUGACGCAGCAGCUGAUGAACUUGGCAGGAGGUGCAGUGGUGUUGGCCUUAGAGGGUGGUCAUGACCUCACAGCUAUCUGUGAUGCCUCCGAGGCCUGUGUAGCUGCUCUUCUGGGCAACAAGGUGGACCCCCUUUCAGAAGAAGCCUGGAAACAGAAACCCAACCUCAAUGCCAUCCGCUCUCUAGAAGCUGUGAUUGGGGUGCACAGUAAAUACUGGAGCUGCAUGCAGCGCUUGGCUUCCUGUCCAGAAUCCUGGCUGCCCAGGGUGCCAGGUGCUGAUGCAGAAGUGGAGGCGGUGACUGCACUGGCCUCCCUCUCAGUGGGCAUCCUGGCUGAAGACAGGCCCUCAGAGCAGCUGGUGGAAGAGGAAGAACCUAUGAAUCUCUAGGGUUACAGAACAGAUCACCUACCCUUCAGACGUGGCUCUGCUCACCUCUGCCACCACUCUGUUCCUGGGUCUUCAGAGAUCCUGUGGGCAGGUAGUCGGGUCCAGAGCACAGCCUACCUUGACAGCCACCCCAGGGAACUUGCGAAGGCCCCUGGUUUGUAGGGCCCAGAGAAGACUCUAGGAGGAGGCAGGCUGAGCACUGGAGCCUAGCUGGGCUGUCCAGAACAGAUGUCAGCCCUCUGGUGUCCAGGCUCCUAGCUGUGGCCUCCAUCCCUCAGGACUGCACAGAGGAGGACUGGCUCAAGUGAGCCCACCCUUAACCACUAUUCUUAGCUCAGUAGACCCUAGACUUUGCACACCGACCCCGGCUCCAAGCAGAAAAUGUGAACUUGGCCUCAGCCAGGGUGGCCCUUCCCAGGCUCUGAAAGGGCUGGAGGAGUUGAGGGAGCCAGGGGUCCCCUAGUCUGAGUGCAGGAGAAUCUCCUCUUACCUGCUUUCUUGGAUGCCUCUAGAAACUUCCUCAUAGCACUGGGCUCUGAGAGCCAUUCUGAGCUGCUCUCUCCCUGUGAGCAGUCACCUGCAAACCUCCCAUCUGGUUGCUGUCCUGCCAGAGGCCACCCCAUGUGGACCAUCUCAGUGCCCUGGUGCAGUGGACGGGUACUCUCUUGAGUCCUGUGCCUCCUGACCCAAUGGUGCCAAACCUUCAUCUCCCCUCAGAAGCACAACAUGAGCCUUCUGUUUCUGGGUCUCCCCCACUCCAGCUCUGACUCCUGCCCCACAUGCUGAAGGGGAACGGGGUGGGAGAACAGAUAGACAUGGGGCAGGGGAGGCCGCCCUGGCAGUCUUCAAGGCUUUUGAGGUCUAGGCCUGGGGCCAAGAAAGAGUAUUUGUGUGUGUGCGUAUGUGUGCAAGAGUGUGCGUGUGUGUGUCUCUCCCAAGACCCACCCUACUUUAUGUAUGU